AUGGCCUCGCAACUGGCAUGGCUAGGACUGGGGAACAUGGGACGGGUCUCAUCAAUACCUAUAUUUCUCCUUUAUGGCGCCUUCGAACAAACUGACCCAAUCCGCCAGGGCAUGUGCAAGAAUCUCGUUGAGAAAGGCAAUCUCUCGAAGCCGCUGAUCAUCCACAACCGAACGGCGAAACGAGCAGAAGAUCUGGCGGCCAAGAUAGGAAACUCUCAAGUAGCCUCGUCCAUCGCAGACGCAGCGACCAAGGCAGAUCUCAUAUUCUACUGCCUGGGCGACGACGCGGCCGUUCUGUCAACACUAGACGAGAUCCUGAAGGUCGACGUCACGGGAAAAGUGCUCGUGGACUGCAGCACGGUACACCCGGAUACGACGGCGGAGGAAGCACGGCUCGUGGAGGAGAAAGGCGCCGGCUUCGUGGCGUGCCCGGUCUUCGGCGCACCGUCGAUGGCGGACGCUGGGCAACUGAUCUGUGUGCUGUCGGGCAAGGCCGAUGCCGUCGACAAAGUGAAGCCCUACUGUAAGGGCGUGAUGGGGCGUGCCAACAUCGAUUUUUCGGGCCAGGAGCCGCGCAAGGCGACGUUGUUGAAGGUGCUCGGCAACACGUUUAUUCUCAGCAUGAUUGAGACGCUCUCCGAAGGCCUGGUCGCGGCGGAAAAGACGGGCCUGGGCGUCGACGAGCUCCAUCAGUUCAUCGAGAUUAUGUUUCCGGGUCCUUAUACCGCUUACUCCAAUCGCAUGAGGUCCGGGGACUACUAUCAACGAGCGGAUCCCUUGUUUGCUGUGGAUCUUGCGCGGAAAGACGCUCGGCACGCCAUGGACCUGGUGUCAAAGGCUGGUGGAAAGAUGAAGAACGUAGAAUUGGCGGACUCGUAUCUAAAAGUCGUCAAGGAGGACCAGGGCGAAAAAGGUGAUAUUGCAGGCAUUUACGGCGCGAAAAGGCUGGAGGCUGGUCUGCCAUUCGCCAAUCAGAAAAGCUAA